AUGCUAUCGAACACCCUCAGAAACACUGUGAAAAGCUUCACGGACGUUUUCAUUAGUCUCGAUGCGUCGGAUGAAUGCAAGGAAAGUGACGAUCUGGCAACGAAUAUUGGCGAAAUGGCUGGGUGGGACAUUGUGCGCCUGCAUACGCUGGUCACAAGCUGGCAGGAGAAAGACAUAGAAGAAUUACUGUCUACAGUCCUUGAUGAUAAGUACAAAGUCUGUAUAGAAAGGGCGUUAGUCGAACGCGACAUUCGGGUAAACGUUCAAAGCCGGAUCCGCACGGAUCGGAAGUUGAAAAAAUGGCAAGUGCCAGAAGUGCAGGCUGAAAUCGAAAUGGUCUUGAUGGAAAAGGUUGGCGACAUGUUCCAAUGA